AUGUCACCUGCUUAUCUUGCUUUUAUUUCAACAUUUGGUAGCAUCAUGGGUCAGACAUUAAGUCAAUCCGGAUCUACAGGGGGGAAACUGACCAAAGUACAAAUAUCCCGUCUUUUUUCAGCACGAUGCUCGCAUCAGUUAUCACCUAUUGAAGUCUGGUCUCUUAAAGAUAACUUUAAAAAAUCAGCUUUAGAAGAAGAUGACAAGCAAUAUUGGACCAAUACCAUUUUAAUUGAAAUGCUUGGUGUCCCCCAAAGUGUUAACAUCACUGACUUGCUGUGCAAAUCAGCGGACUUUUUAAUCAAAUUUCCUUUUAUAAACAACAACGAAAUAAACGAAUCAACAUUUGAUCAAAAAAUUUCAUUUGAACAGCUAGUAAAGCUUAUUGCAAUUUAUACAAACAAACUUAAUGGUAUCUUAGCCAUGGACUACAAUUUACCUAAGCUUUUAUUUUUAUCAUUUUCAGACAGUGAUGCUGAAAUUGUUACUCCUGAAGAUAAAACAUCUGAGCCUAUAGCAUUUCCUUUAAAAGAUACGGACACAUGGAAUUCGCUUGAAGUAAUAGAGACCUUUGAUGGUUUAGAUAUAAAACAUCGAUUCAUUUCUGCAUUUGACUUGUACCGACUUGUUUCAUUUUUACUCGCCAUUGUCGAAUAUCGUUCGCAUCAUCGGGCUUUGGCGUGCUCAAAAAAAUUUGCUGGUGAUUACUUUGUUACCGGUCCAUAUUCACAAUUUCAAAGUGCAGCUCUCUGCAUCCUUCGAGCUAUUGCGCAAGGAAAUAUUCCUGAAAGAGAAGAUUGUAUCGUUCAAAGUGAAGAAAGCUCUGCUAUAGUUGCACCAGGCAGUGUGGAAGCUGAAUGGACACGACGAAUGAAAAACGUUAAGAUUUUUUUUCCAGAAUUUGAAAGGGCAUUCCAUGCAUCUUUCCCGUAUCUUUUUGUUCCUCUGACAGAACUUUUCGGGCGAUUGCUUUUCAGUGAAUCUGCUAGUAGUCGAGAAAGAGAUAAUAGCGGGGCUCAUGAUUUAUAUGAUGAUGGCUACGACGAACAAGAAGACGAGUUUAGCGAGGACAACAAGGAAGAGUUUGAUGAAAAGCAACGCAGAAGAAGCUUAAACGUUGAAGAUAAAAUGUUAAGCAGACCAUCUAUAAAUAAAGAGCGAAGCAUGAGCUAUAGUGGUGGUUUGAAACCAAGCAUACCAUCUGCUUCUGCUUCUUCUUCAAAUGGUAAUAAAUCAGCUUCUACAAAGCCCAAAGGUGAUAUUUUUAAACGAGAAGGUCGAACCAAACUCAUAACACCAGCAACUAUGGCUCAACUGAGCGCAAUGCUUGGUCCUGGUUUAUAUACUCGUCUCAAACGUUUAUAUGUUGGUUCCGAAGCUGGAUUUUCUUUAAGAUCAUUUGAAUCGCGUGUUUUCAAGUGGCGAGCACCAACUCUGUUGCUUGUUUCUGGUAGAGAGAUUGAGGUGCCAUUAUCUUUAGCUGGUGUUGGAUCUAGCGUGGGACCCAGCGGUACCCCCAUUGGUGCACGCGAGCGUGCCUUUAAUGACUUGAUCCCACCGUUGCGUCGAUUACACGAGCAAACAACAACGAAAAAGCAUGUACGGCGACCAGUUUUUUUCGCAGCUUAUAUUGUUGAGCCAUGGAAGUCACAUGCCAAGAAUACGUUUGGAAAUUCCGAAUCAUUUUUGAUUCAAUUGGAACAGGUACAAGAUCGAUUCAAUGCAGAAGCUAACGGACCUGCAAAUGCACCAUAUAGCACUGCGGGUAAGCCUAAGCACUAUGCAUAUUUUACCCGAACCCAACCAGGUGGAAUUGGAUUUGGGUCGCCAGUGCCUCAAAGUGGUACGUCCUCUACGGUUUCUUCCUUUUCCCAGAGUCACAGUGGCAGUUUAGGGUCUUCCGGGUUCAAAAUGGGAGGAAGCAGUGGCAGCAGUGGCAGCAGUGGUAGUGGUGUGUUUGGCCCACGGUUUGAUUUGGGUAGUGUGUCGCUGACGUUGAACGAGUCACUUGAAUAUGGAGUUUUCCGGCAUGUGGGACCUGGUGGAUCAUAUUCACGGACAGAAGGUAUGCGCAGAGACUGCGAGUUUGAAACUCGUUUUGAGAUUACAGAGGUGGAAGUAUGGGGGUCUGGUAAGGACGAAGACCUCGAGGAACAGCGAAGACGAUGGGAAUGGGAAGAACGCGAAGCACAGUACAGGCAGCGUGUAAAUAUCCAUAAUAUUGGCGAAGAGCGUGCGUUCUUGGAAAUGGCUGGGCUUGUUGGCAACCAUGGGAAUGGAGGGUCUAUGGGUUAA